AUGGUGAAGCUUUGUACCCAUCGCGUUGAAGGCUUCGGCCCACACUCCAAAAUCUCCUCGCCCAUUCCAACAUCCUGCUUUGUCGACACAAUCCUCAUUCCUCUCCCAGUCUGGGUUGCCCUUUUCCUGCUCCCCAUCCUACUGGCUCUAAGCAUUCACCAUCGAAAACAAAACUUCAACCCCUCGACCGCAUACCUGCGCGCGAAACCCUGCCGAAACUGGGCUUUCAGUACCGUCUCUGCCAUCUACUACAUUCUCAUAGUCUGCAACAUUCUUAUGCAAGUUCUCGAGAUUGUGCGCCUGGAACUCCUACACUUUGGAAUUGGGCUUCAGCCAUUUGUAUUUGUGGGGUUGAUACUUGGAGCAGUGCUACACUGGAGCGAAGGUGCCCGGGGCAGAAUUAGGGGCUGGCAGACUAUAAAUGCGGUGGUAUGGAUGGGAGGAGUGGUGAUGUGUGCUGUUCAAGUUAUCGGACUUAGCAAGGAGGGAAUAAAUGGACGGAAGGGCAGUAAAUAUCCAAUCAGCGAUCAAGUCAUUGAUGUUGCGGUGAUGGCGGGCGUUUAUGCUGUCAUUGUGAUACUGGAGCUGGUGCUAGGAUUCUGGAGAGCAUCGAGACGGGCGAGAGAAAACACACCACGGAGUGGAAUGAGUCCGGUCAUGGGGACCUCAGAAGCCGUUGGGGAAUAUCCGCCUAAUGUAUAA